AUGGUGGACCUCGCAAGGCUGGAGAACCUGAAGAGGCUGCUCAACGACGGCACGCUGACUCGGGAGGAGUUUGAGGCGCUCAAGCAGAAAGAGUUGCAGGCGGACGGCACCGAGCGCGGCUCCGACCGCAGAAAUCCAGCCAUGCAUUACGUCAUGCGUGACGUCAUCCAUACUGAGUGGCCACUGAAGCUGCCCGAAUAG